UGUAUGCGCAAUGUCGAUACUCGGUGGUCGGUGAGUCAUCGCGAGCUGAGCCCGCUUCACAGUCGCUGAGUCGUUCCAAUAUUGCUCGCUCGUGCAUACGUGCGCUAUAUUCAUUAAUUUAACACGUUUGUCCAAUAAUAUAAACUUUAUAGGUAACGCAUUGUGAGAGCAGGCGAGCAGGCGACCUCGGCAUACAAACAUUGCGCGUCACGCCAACAUGUUGACCUAACCGACCCUUAUUCGGAGAUGACUUAAGAUUUGUCGUCAUUCAAAACUUACAUAGAGAGCCAGGAUGUCUCACUCCCUGACCAUUACUCGGACGACGGUGGCCACGUCAGGCACUCCUGUCUACAUCAACAGUGGGUACAUGAGCUCCACUCCUGGACUCCUCAAACUUGCUGAAUUGUUGCUGGGUGCAGCAUGUGUUGGAGUAGUAGCAUACUACAUGGACCAUGGAUACUACCGCAUCGGCGAUGGCAAGGCGGUGUUGUUCUAUUUGCUCGUGGCCGUGGCCUGCCUCGUAGGCACGUUUUGUCUAUUCACAUCGUGCAUCGUCUCCUUGUCUACAGCUUCAAUAAUAUCAAAAACAAUUUAUGAGGUGAUAUACCACGGUGUAGCAUUUGUAUUGUACCUGGCUGCAGGGAUCACACUCAUGGUAGAAGUCAACCACUAUAAGGACCACUACAGACGGGAUUAUGAACCGUACUUAGCUGCCGCGAUCAUGGGACUUAUUAUGGCCGCUCUUUACCUGCUCAGUACAUUCUUAGCCAAUCGUCAAUACCGCGGCAUUUAGAUUAGUCCAAGUAUUUUUAGAUUUAACUAUAAUUAAUUUAUUUCCUGAUAUUGUUAGAGCUUUUUACAUAAGUUACAUUUUUCUUUAUUUAAGUUCAUUUAAAUAGAAAAUUAAUAUUUAAUAUAUACGCUUGAACGAAUAUAAAAACACGAAUUUAGUUUCUCAUUCAGCCAAUAGAGGCGCUGUUGUGUUAAUUCAGCGUUUAGUACUAUGUAAAUUUCGUAUACAUUUUCCACUAAAAAUGUUUAAAUAUCGUCUAGUCGUUAUGAAAAUGUUGCAUUUUGAGAAUUCUUAGGCUUGUGAUAGCCAUAAUGAGAAUAUGCCAUGCCAUUAAUUCAAGUUUAUAGCAUUUAAUUAGGGCUUCCUCUUUAUCAUGCGUUUUUAUUAUAUUGCCAACGUCAUGAAUACACAAAGUACCAUUUAUAUUCAGAAAUAUGACAAGUUUCGAAGAAAACGCACAGAGAGAUAAAUAAAGCAGUACAUAUUUUUAUACAAAUAAAUAAAACGUAAAACGUAUUAAUAUAUUUUACAUAGUUUUUUGGACACGUGUUUACUACAUAUUCGGAAAGAUUUAUACCAAUAACUAAUAUUUUAAUAUAUGAAUAUCUAUGUAAUGAUAUAAGACGAUUUAUUAGUUAAUCAAUCUUAUACUGGCAAUCAGGUAUAUUUAACGCCAAGGAGAAAAAUAGA